CUCUCUCCGUCAUCCCUCCGCACAUCACAUCCAUUCAUCAAUCCACCUUGAACGUCUUCACCAGUUGCUCUAAUAAGACACGAGCUGGGUAUAAGACGACACUUAUUACGCAAGGACCUGUUGAACUCCUGGUCAUCACUGAGAGCUGCAUAGCUAUACCCGAUCUCAUACCUGCUACCAGCCUACUAAGAUUUUCACGCGUCCUGUUCGACCCAGUCCAUUGUCAUGGGCAGGGUUGCGAAGGCCGCCAUGGCCUGCGAGCAGCGCGCAAACGCCGAUGGCGAGAAGCGUACUCGACGCACCCGGGUCCUCCACAACCUCGAACUUCAGCACCAGAAGAACGAAUGCGACUCCGACAUUUUGGUGAAAGAUGAAGAUAUCCGUAGAUUACGAGUACGGAUCCUGUUGCUUCGUGAUGAGAACACAGCACUACGAGACCAGGUCGACCUCAAUAACGGGAAGAAUGCCACUUUAGCCUCGCGAUGUGACAACUUAACGGCUCAGAUCGAAGACAAAAUUGCCUUGGUUCGCUCUCAGGAAGAGCAGCUACGCAAACAGGAAAGGGAGUUUUCAAAUCUCAAGGCCGAGCUUCAAUCCAUGAACAACAUUAACGAGAAUUCCGCCAAUCUCCUUUCCGAGAAGUUGGCGUUGGCCCGCGAGUUGGCCAAUCUGAAGCCUGAGAUCGAACACUUGCGAUCUCAAGUCAACCAGCAGCAGGCUACCCUUACUGAAAAGCUUUCCUUGGAACGUCAAGUUGACACACUUGAAGUGGAGCUAGCCAAUGAGAAGAAAGCCACUAGACGCGCAAUGCAAAAUCGCGAAAGCAACGACCGAGUCGAGGACGAACUUCGAAAGAAGCUACGCGAGACAGAGAAACAACUAACCGCCGAGAAAGCGGAACGUGAGAGGCUAGAAGACCAACUGGAGCAGAAAACCAAAACCCACGCAAUCACCUUGCAGGAUCAGAAUAACACGCGGGAGGUGGAAGCAGAUCUCCGAAAGAAGCUACAAGAGGCUCAGCGACAAUUAAAAGAACAGAUGGAAGAGAAGGAGAAAUUAGAAGAGGAGAUACAAAAGGCACAGCGGGCCUCUAACUCGCAGAAAGUCACAGCCCAAAGCUCUGCAGACGCCGAGCUCCAUGCCCAGAUCGAGGAAUUUGAGCGACAGAUCACCAAACUUGAAGGCGAGAAUAAGAUGCGCCAACAGGAACAUGAAACGGCUGUUGCCGAACUGGAAGCACUGAAUGAGCAGCUUGAGAAGAAGCUCGAGAAAGCGAGAAUAAAACUCCGAGGAACCCAGGAAGAGCUGAAGCAGAGUCAAAACAACCUUCUGAAAGCUCAGCAACAGCAAAAUCGGUUAUCCAGACUCGAUGAAACGAAACCGGCAGCUAAGACACAAGCUUUCCGUAAGAGGAAGGCUCAAGAAACGAGCGCGGGCGAUUUCACGAAUAUUGAAAUUCAGACACCAAGCGCAGAAGACGCACCUAAGGCGCGACGGGCAAUGAAGAAGAUUGUCUUUGAGCCGACUGUUGUUGGUGAGAAGUCCAACUUCUCCAUAACUCCCUUCCUCAAUCGCUCUAAGAAUACGAGCAUGAGCGAAGAAGCUUCAAAUAUUGACGAAGGAGUUUUGGAAGACUCUAUUCUUGGCCCACAAUCAGGCUCUGAACCAACUGAGUCCUCGUUGUCAGAGACCAAUGAAUCCUCAAUCACAAAACCUGUCGAAACCACCGAAGCUGAACCUGCCACCACAGCACCUGUAGAGACUGAAAAGCCUCAAGUGGUGCCCAAGGUACGUGGUAGGCCCAAGAAAGUGCUAGUAGAUGCGCCUUCAGCCAAGAAGAACGCCUUGACAACCAAGAAAGCACCAAAAAAGAUUCUGAAAACCAAAAGCAGCCUCGAGAAAAUCACUGAGACUGACGAUGCUUCACCGGAGGAAAAGAGUGAAGAUUCUGGAGAUGCCGAGCCUAGAGAGAAGACAACAACCGUUAAGUUCAAUCUUGCUCCUUCUCAUGACGAGGGUAACGAUUCGAGUCAAAACGGUGAGAUUCCUAAGAAGAAGAAACGGAAGGUACUCGGGUCUACUAAGACGUUAUUCGAUGAGGAUGAGGGAGAAGCGCCAGCCGCAAGGAAGCCAGCGAAGAUGCAGCUUGGGGCAAAGAGAGCCAAAGCACCGCUAGGUGUUCAGAAAAACGCCUUUGCGGGUACCACAUCGUUCUCGCCACUGAAGCGAGAUCGCCGAGGCGUGGGUGCUAGCUUCCUUGCGUAAAACUGGGUUGGUCAUGAUCAUCAAAUAGGGGAUAUCAAUAAGGGCAUCGCAGGGCUACUUACAGCAUUGCAUCAAUAUUGGCGUUGUCGUUUAAUACUCGGCGCGAGCACGGUUUGCUUGACAGUCAGUUUGCAUGGCUUGAGCCACGGUUAUCGGAAUAGGAGU